AUGCUGGCGCCUCGCUGGGGCUGCUGCUGGCCGCUGCUGACUAUGCCGAAGCUGAGGCAGCGGGGGGCGCUGCGGGAGCCGGCAGGCUGCUGCUACUGCCUGGUGGCGGCGCUUGCCCUGCUACUGUUGCUGCUGCCUGCAGGCUGCCCCGUGCGGGCACAGAACGACACUGAGCCCAUAGUCCUGGAGGGCAAGUGCUUGGUGGUGUGCGAUUCCAGCCCGUCCGCAGAUGGCGCAGUCACCUCCUCCCUGGGGAUCUCGGUGCGCUCUGGUAGCGCCAAGGUAGCGUUCUCCGCGAUUCGGAGCACCAACCAUGAACCAUCGGAAAUGAGCAACCGCACCAUGACCAUCUAUUUCGACCAGGUAUUAGUAAACAUUGGCAACCAUUUUGAUCUUGCUUCCAGCAUAUUUGUAGCACCAAGAAAAGGGAUUUAUAGUUUCAGUUUCCAUGUGGUCAAAGUCUAUAACAGACAAACUAUCCAGGUAAGUUUAAUGCAAAAUGGCUACCCAGUGAUUUCAGCAUUUGCUGGAGAUCAGGAUGUUACCAGAGAAGCUGCUAGCAAUGGUGUUUUGCUGCACAUGGAAAGAGAAGACAAAGUGCACCUCAAAUUGGAAAGGGGUAACCUCAUGGGUGGAUGGAAGUAUUCAACUUUUUCUGGCUUCUUGGUUUUUCCGCUCUAA